AUGGCUCAAUCACAAGUGCCGAUACCAGCUCUCGCAGCUGUUGCCCGAUUUGUUGGUGUGGUCUUUCCUACGAUGUUCUGCGGCAUUACAAGUCAAUACAGCAUCAUCUUCGUUCAGCCGAUCGUCGACCAUGCGCCAACGAAAGUGGCAGCAAAGCAAUGGCUUCAAGGCUAUCAAUUAGGUCCAGUCUGGGUGCCUCCAAUAGUUGCACCAGGAACCGCAGCAAAUGUCUUCCUCGCCAUCAUAGCCAAGACGCCGUUGCAAAGGAACUUGUACGUUGCGGCAGCUCUUUGCAUCUUCAGCAUAAUGCCGAUAACGUUCUUCUACAUGGAGCCUGGCAUCAACGGGGCUCUGAAAUGGAAGAUCCAGAGCCUGCUCAAGGAUGAGGGCAUGAACUGGGGAGAGACGAGCAUCUUCGCGCCAUCGGUGACGAAACAUAGCGCGACUCAAGCAGCUCGAAGAUGGGCAGAGAAGACGGAUCUGAAGGAGUUGAUUCGCUUCUGGAGGAGGAUAAACGAUUUUCGAUACGUUAUUGGAGGAGUGGCGGCGCUGUUGAGCGGAUACGCGACUUUCUCCCAGCUUGGUUAA